AUGCGUCUCACCUUCCACGGCGCCGCCGGCACGGUCACCGGCAGCAAGUACCUGCUCGAAGCGGACGGCGCCUCGGUGCUGAUCGAUUGCGGGCUCUUUCAGGGGCUCAAGCCGCUGCGUGAGCUGAACUGGGCGGGCACGCCCUUCAAGGCGCCGGCGGUCGACGCCGUGCUGCUGACGCACGCCCACCUCGACCACGUCGGCUAUCUCCCGAAGAUCUGUAAGGAAGGCUUUGCGGGGCCGAUCUAUUGCACCAGUGCGACGGCCAAGCUCGCCGAGAUCAUCCUGCUCGACUCGGCAAAGAUCCAAGAGUCCGACGCCGCCUACGCCAAUAAGAAAGGCUACAGCAAGCACAAGCCGGCGCUGCCGCUCUACACAGGGCAGGACGCGAUGAACGCCAUCAAGCGUUUCCACCAGACGCCGCUCGACGACUGGCGCAAGAUCGCCGGCCCGAUCUGGGCGCGGUGGCACGACGCGGGGCACCUGUUGGGAUCGGGAUUAAUCGAGAUCGAGAUUCGGCGCGAGAAGGACCCGUCGAAGAAGCCGACACGCAUCGUCUUCUCCGGCGACGUCGGCCGCUAUGACGGGCCGCUGUACCACGACCCGUCUCCGCCGCCUGAGUGCGACUACCUGAUCUGCGAGAGCACCUACGGCAACCGCGAGCACCCCGAUGUCAACCUUGUUGAUGGGCUCGAAGCCGUUAUCAAACGUGGCGUCGAACGCGGCGGCGUGAUGCUGAUGGCGUCGUUCGCGGUGGGUCGCGCGCAGCAGCUUAUUUAUCUGCUUCAGAUCCUCAAGUGCCAGGGCAAGAUCCCGGACCUGCCGAUCUACCUCGACAGCCCGAUGAGCGUCGACGCGACGAAGAUCUAUCGAGAGCAUUGCACCGAACAUGACCUCAGCGAGACCGAACUCUGCGGCGUCACCGGUAGUUGCCAGGUCGGCGACCGUCCCGUGCUCGGGGGCGACGCGGUCCACCUCUGCCGCAGCGCUGAGGAGUCGAAGGGUCUCAACAACAUCACCGGUCCCGCGAUCAUUCUGGCCUCGAGCGGCAUGAUGGACGCCGGCCGGAUCGUCCAUCACUUGAAGCGUCGCCUCCCCGACCCGAAGACGACCGUCAUCCUUGGCGGUUAUAUGGCGGUCGGCACACGGGGUCGCCACCUCGAAGAGGGCGCCCCGUUCAUUCGCAUGCACGGCCAAGAGGUCCCCGUCCGCGCCGCGAUCGAAAAAGUCCCCGGCCUCUCCGGCCACGCCGACCGCAACGGCCUGCUGCGUUGGCUCAGCGCGAUCAAGCAGCCACCGAAGCAAACCUUCCUAACCCACGGCGAACCCGACAGCGCCGCGGCGCUCGCCGAAACGCUGCGGGCGGAGCGAGGAUGGAGCGUGACCGUGCCGGCGAUGGCGGACUCGGUGGAGUUGGGCUGA